CGAAGAAGUAAAUCUUGAGAGAGAGCAGUCUCUAUCUCUCCCUCUUCUUCUUUCGCUCGCUCUUGUAGUGUUUUCACGGUGGUUUUAAGUUCAUCGUAGGGUUUUACUUUCAGACGCGGUUGAAAAUCCAGAUAUUUGGAUAUAAACACAUGGGGACUGUUCUAUUAGAUUAUACUGGACAGAAGGACACAAAGAAAUACUCACAGAAAGUAUUGCCGCGUACAAUGGAUAAGUCAGAAAAGAUGUCUAGACGUUAUUCAUCAUCUGAUUUAUACCGAGAAUCUCGUCAUCAACCUAUAGAAACCAUGUGCGAAUCUGAAGGGCUUGGUAGCUCAGGUGGAUUCGAUACUGAAAUGACUGCUUCAGAGGUUUCAUGUGCUCCUCCUAGAAAGAAGUCUAUUAGUUUAAGUAAUGCUGGUAAUAGUGAUGCUUUUGGUGUACCCAUUCGAGUGUUAUCACUAUCUAGGAUGCCGAGAAUGGAGAGGAAGGAGUUAAAAUUAAGACUUCAAAUGGAGCUUGAGCAGGUUAGGAAUCUUCGAAAGAAAAUUGAUGUUAAGCCUGUGAAUAGUCUUGCUUUGUCUUCUUCUCGCAAUAUACGGAACUCUGAUGAGGGACAGAAGAGGCUUUUUGUAGAGAAUACUCAGAAGUCAGUAGGAUUAGUGGCAGGACAGGGAAAGAAACGAGGCCCUCCAGCUCAUAUCGAUGACACUAUCAAGAAACGAGGUGAUGCUGGAAGGUUUGAAUCUGCAAAACCAGUUGCUCCUCCUAGCAGCACCUCACAUGCGAUUUUGAUGAAACAGUGUGAUACACUGCUAAAACGUGUUAUGACACAUCAGUUUAGCUGGGUAUUCAAGGAACCUGUUGACGUUGUGAAGUUGAACAUUCCUGAUUAUUUCACUGUCAUCAAGCAACCAAUGGACUUGGGCACAGUCCAGAGGAAAAUCGAUACUGGUGCAUACUUGAGCCCGCUAGAUUUUGUGGCUGAUGUAAGACUUACUUUUUCUAAUGCAAAGACUUACAAUCCGCGUGGAACUGAUGUUCAUACUAUGGCUGAUACGCUGAGCAAGUAUUUUGAGGUGAGAUGGAAACCUAUUGAGAAGAAACUUUCAACAACUGGUUCUGGGCCCGUGUGUGCAAAAUCUAAUGUUCCCGAAAAAGAAGAAGAAUAUAAACCCAUGCCAUUUGCAAAAAAGAGAAAAACAUCAUCGAUUAAUCAUGAGGUUAAGACAAUCCCUGAGGUUAAGACACUUCCUGCGAAGCAGACCGUAUCAGUUGAAGAGAAACAUAAUCUAAGCAGAGAUUUAGGGUCACUGCAGGAGAUUCCGAAUCAUAUAAUUGAUUUCCUUAAAAAACAUAGUUUCCGUGAAAAUGAAAAUAGUGAAGAGGAACUUGAGAUUGAUAUGGAUGUUUUCGGUUAUGAAACUUUAGUGGCAUUACGAAAACUUGUAGAUGAUCAUUUGAGGGAGAAGCAAAGGAAACCUGAAAAAGCGGAGCCUUGUGAAAUGGAGGGUUUGAAUGAUUCAGGACUUAGCAAUAUGUUAUCCACCCAACCAUGUAAAGUUAAUGAACCGGUGGAAGAGGAAAUCGACAUUGGCGGAAAUGAUCCGCCUGUCUCAUCUUACCCUCCAAUAGAGAUUAAAAAAGAUUCUGCUCACAGAAAUAGUAAAUGCAGUAGCUCUAGUAGCUCCAGUAGUGAUUCGGGUUCUUCUUCUAGCGAUUCAGACUCUGCCAGUUCUUCUGGCAGUGAAUCAGAUGGCGUUAAAGCUUCAUCUCCAGUAACUAAAGCAUCGGAAAAAGUAGUUUCAGGAGAAGCUUUACACCAAAAGCAAACAGAUCUUAAUGAUCCUCAUGAUGGAAGUCCGUCUAUAAGUGGGUUGGACCAGCUUGAGCAGAAUUCCCAUCGUAACCCAGCUCUUGCUGAGGCAAACAGCUCUCAGGAUGGGGAGAGUGCUCUGUCUGAGAGGCAAGUCUCCCCAGAUAAGCUCUAUCGAGCUGCUCUAUUGAGGAGUCGUUUUGCCGAUACCAUUCUCAAAGCUCGAGAGAAGACACUUGGCCAGGGGGAGAAGAUAGAUCCUGAAAAAUUUCGACGGGAGAAGGAGGAACUUGAAAGACUGAAGAAAGAAGAAAAGGCUCGUCUACUAGCUGAAGCUAAGGCUGCAGAAGAUGCUCGGAGGCAGGCUGAAAUUGAAGCUGCAGCAGAAGCUGCAGCUGAAGCCAAAAGAAAGAGGGAACUCGAGAGAGAAGCUGCGCGUCAGGCUUUGCAAAAGAUGGAAAAGACUGUUGAGAUAAAUGAGAAUUGCCGAUUUUUGGAAGACCUAGAGAUGCUUAGGUCCGCUCCCUCUGCUGAUCUAUUACCUAGCUCAGUGGAUGAGAAGAGCCCCGAUCAUUCUGAAGACAUUUUUAACUUCCAGGGAAUGAGUAACCCAUUAGAACGACUUGGACUGUACAUGAAAAUGGACGAUGAUGAGGAAGAAGAAUGUCAACCUGAUAGUGGGCCGUGCCCGGUGAAGGAUGUAGAGGAAGGAGAAAUCGACUGAGUUAGGGUUCCCUCAUUUGUUUCUCUUCCUCUCCUUGUAUAUUAUUCACAAUGAUGGACUGGCAAAAUUCUUUUUUGUUUGGGUAUCCAUUCCAUAAAAUUUUGAUCUUCCUUGCUAGCCUUUUGCAGGACUCUCACCCGCCUCCCCCUAGUUUUUCUGAUGUUGUAAAAUGACGUUGAAAAGAAACAUGUGUUGAAUUAAUUCGGUGGAGGUCCGGAACACUAAUUUGAAUGCAAAAGAACUGGCAAUUAGAUUUUUUGGUGCAA